CUUCAUGCAUCUUGUGUCAAGAUGAGUACCUAAACAUUUAACACAACAAUAUCUAGCGCCACAAGAUACCAUGUCGAAAAGAAAAGGAGUUUCUCUUGAUGAGAAACGUAUGAGAAUGUUGCAAAUAUUUUAUGAGAAGAAAGAAUUUUUCACACUGAAGGAACUCGAAAAGAUCGCGCCAAAGGAGAAGAACAUCGUAGUACAAGCUGUCAAAGAUGUGUUACAAGCUUUAGUGGACGAUGGUUUGGUACGAUCUGAAAAAAUUGGUACUUCCACAUAUUUCUGGAGAUUCCCAGGAGAAAAUAUUACUACAACAGAAUACAGAAUAGCUGAUACAAGCAAAAAGCUAGUAGAAGUAGAAUUUAAACUGGAGAAACUGAAAGAAGAAAUACAGAAAGAGAAGGAACUGAAGAAUGAUGAUACAGAAGAAAAGAGAAAGCUAUUGGAAGAAAUAGAACAGCUAAAGAAAGAAGAACAAGAGAUAAAGAAACAAAUUGCAAAAUUCAAUAGUGUCGAUCCAGAAGCAAUUGCAGAAAUAGAUAAAAAAGCACAGAAAUACAAAGAUGGGACUAAUAUAUGGACGGACAACAUUUUUUCUAUACAAAGCUGGUGCAAGAAUAGAUUUUGCAUUUCAGAGCAAGAGCUUAAUAAACAAUUUAACAUUCCCGAGGACUUAGACUACAAAGAAUGAAUUUGAUUGUUGAUUCACGCAACUGGUUGUCAAUAAAUUGAAU